CGCCGCCCCGCAGCCCGCGGGAGAGCCACAGCCGCCCGGGGGGAGAGGACGAUCAGGAAGCCCCGCGCAGCCCUGCCGGACCCCGGGCCGGACCCCCGCUAAGAUGAAUUUACAGCAUAUUUUCUUUGUGUUGGCCAGCUGCUCCAUCUGCAAAGUAUUUGGCCAAACAGGUGGAAAUGAGUGUCUAAAAGCAAAUGCAAAAUCAUGUGGGGAAUGCAUACAGGCAGGGCCAAAUUGUGGAUGGUGCACCAACUCAACAUUUUUACAAGAAGGAAUGCCUACCUCUGCCCGGUGUGAUGAUUUGGCAGCAUUGAAAAGUAAGGGCUGUCUUCCAGAGGAUAUAGAAAAUCCCCGAGGUUCCAAAAACAUACGAAAAAAUAAAAAUGUGACCAACCGCAGCAAAGGAACUGCAGAGAAGCUCCAACCAGAAGAUAUUACCCAAAUCCAGCCCCAGCAAUUAGUAUUAAAACUGCGAUCAGGGGAACCACAGACAUUUGCAUUAAAAUUCAAGCGAGCUGAAGACUAUCCUAUUGAUCUUUACUACCUUAUGGAUCUUUCAUACUCCAUGAAAGAUGAUUUAGAGAACGUGAAAAGCCUUGGGACAGAUCUAAUGUAUGAAAUGAAGAGGAUCACUUCAGAUUUCCGAAUUGGUUUUGGUUCCUUUGUGGAAAAAACUGUGAUGCCGUAUAUCAGUACAACUCCAGCUAAACUCAGGAACCCUUGCACUGGUGAUCAGAACUGCACUAGUCCAUUCAGCUACAAAAAUGUGCUCAAUCUUACAGACAAGGGAGAAGUGUUUAAUGAGCUUGUAGGUAAACAACAUAUCUCUGGAAAUCUGGAUUCUCCUGAAGGUGGAUUUGAUGCCAUCAUGCAGGUUGCAGUUUGUGGAUCACUAAUUGGCUGGAGAAAUGUUACACGGCUACUGGUUUUUUCCACGGAUGCUGGGUUUCACUUUGCUGGAGACGGUAAACUUGGUGGAAUUGUUUUACCAAAUGAUGGACGGUGUCACCUGGAAAAUAAUGUGUACACCAUGAGCCAUUACUAUGACUAUCCCUCAAUUGCUCAUCUUGUGCAGAAACUCAGUGAAAAUAAUAUUCAGACAAUUUUUGCAGUUACAGAAGAAUUUCAGGCUGUUUACAAGGAAUUGAAAAAUUUGAUCCCGAAGUCAGCUGUAGGAACCCUGUCGGCAAAUUCCAGCAAUGUGAUUCAGUUGAUCAUUGAUGCAUACAAUUCCCUAUCUUCAGAAGUCAUUUUGGAAAACAGCAAAUUGCCUGAAGGAGUAACAAUAAAUUACAAAUCUUACUGUAAAAACGGAGUAAAUGGUACAGGAGAAAAUGGGAGAAAAUGUUCUAACAUUUCAAUUGGAGAUGAGGUUCAGUUUGAAAUUAGCGUAACUGCAAACAAAUGUCCUAAAAAGGGGCAAAAUGAAACUAUCAAAAUUAAGCCUCUGGGUUUCACUGAAGAAGUAGAAAUAAAUCUUCAGUUCAUCUGUGAGUGUGAAUGCCAGAAUGAGGGUAUCCCUGAGAGCUCCAAGUGUCAUGGUGGAAAUGGAACAUUCGAAUGUGGAGCUUGCAGGUGCAACGAGGGACGUGUUGGUAGACACUGUGAGUGCAGCACAGAUGAAGUAAACAGUGAAGACAUGGAUGCUUACUGUAGAAAGGAAAAUAGUUCAGAAAUCUGUAGUAACAAUGGAGAGUGUGUAUGUGGACAGUGUGUGUGUAGGAAGAGGGAUAACACAAACGAAGUCUAUUCCGGCAAAUUCUGUGAAUGUGACAAUUUCAACUGUGAUCGAUCCAAUGGCUUGAUUUGUGGAGGAAAUGGGGUCUGUAAAUGUCGUGUGUGUGAGUGUAACCCCAACUUCACUGGCAGCGCAUGUGAUUGUUCACUGGAUACCUCUUCGUGUUUGGCAUCAAACGGACAGAUCUGCAAUGGCCGCGGGAUCUGUGAGUGCGGCUCCUGCAAAUGCACGGAUCCCAAAUUCCAAGGGCCGACCUGUGAGAUGUGUCAGACCUGCCUGGGAGUCUGCGCCGAACACAAAGAAUGCGUACAGUGCCGAGCCUUCGAUAAAGGAGAGAAGAAAGACACUUGCGUGCAAGAAUGUAGUCAUUUCAACAUGACCCUGGUUGAGAAUCGGGACAAGUUACCCCAGCCUGGUCAGGUUGAUCCUCUCUCGCACUGUAAAGAGAAAGACGCCGAUGACUGCUGGUUCUAUUUUACGUAUUCUGUCAAUGGAAACAACGAAGCCAUUGUUCAUGUGGUGGAGACCCCAGAAUGCCCCACUGGCCCGGACAUUAUUCCAAUUGUAGCUGGGGUGGUUGCAGGAAUUGUUCUUAUUGGCCUUGCUCUACUGCUGAUUUGGAAGCUGUUGAUGAUUAUACAUGACAGAAGAGAAUUUGCUAAAUUUGAAAAAGAGAAGAUGAAUGCUAAGUGGGAUACGCAAGAAAAUCCGAUUUACAAGAGUCCUAUUAAUAAGUUCAAGAAUCCAAACUAUGGACGUAAAGCGGGUCUCUAAAUCUCCGGUGAAAAUCCUAUUUAUAAGAGUGCAGUGACGACUGUGGUGAAUCCUAAGUAUGAGGGAAAAUGAACACUGCUUGUGUUCACUUCACAACACUGUUUGCAGUUUUGUAGUCACAGUAAGAUAGCUUUAGGGCAAUACUGCAAUGAUUUUACUAACUCAUUACAUAGAGGUAUUUCUUAUGCAGGUUUGGAAAAUGUACAAAUGUAUAAUUUUUUGCAAAUAAAAGUUAUCAGUGCCAGGGGACUGACAGAAAACUUGAGAUGAGAUAGUUAUCCUAGUCAGCUAUGAUUACAUUGUGCCUUUUGGACCUUCUUCCUCCUAAAUUGUUGAAAUCCAGAUCAUCUAUAUGAAAUGUAAGAUACUGUUAAAAUAUAUGAGGAAAAUGGUUAACAUAAUCAGUAUAUUGAGGGCCUAUCCAUUAAGUAUUAUAAUGGAGUCUUAGCUUGCAGAUACAUUAAAAUCCAAAGUUCUAUGCUGUUUUUUAGAAUUGCUUUUAGGCUGAUCUCUCACACAUCAGACAUAUGAUUGCAUAUUUGGGACACUGAUUGGGUUCAGAAAAUGGAUAGGUUUGAGGGACGUCAAAAAAGUACUCAAAAUGAUCAGGGAUUAUGUGAAAGAAUUAGGAGGUGAAAAAUAGCUUUAAAACCUGUGUGCCACUUUUCCAAAGUUACUGUUGCUUUGUAUCUUUUAUGCCUUUUUUUUUUUGUAAAUUCGAGCCCUGGCCUAUAAUACUGCAAGUAAGUUCUUGAGUAGCAACAUUUACAUAAAAGCCUUAAUCCUUGUCAUGCCUCCGUUAGGGUUUUUUGUUGUUGCUGGUUUGUUGGGUUUUUUUUUUUUUGGUUUUUAUUUUUGUGGGGUUUUUUUUGGGGGGGGGGGUCCUCCCCUUGAUUUAAAGCCUGGUGCUUUUGUGUCUCCAUUUCUAAUCUUUUACCGUAUUUGAUUGCAGUUUUUGUAAUAUUUUUAUAUUGGCACAACUUUUCUUUGCAGUGUUGGCUGUAAAUUUGCCUUUUUUAGUAGAGAAUUCAUGAAGUUUUACUGUAGGCUUUUAUGUCAAUUAGAAGAUCUCUUAGUUUUCAACAAGUGCCAUAAGGGAUCAUUGUAAAUUUUCUUUUGACCAUUCAGAUUAUCUUCUGUUUAUUCUAGUCACACUCUUUUUAAGUGCCUUUUUAUUUUAACAGUUGUUCACUUUUUACAAUGCUAUUACUGAAGUUAUUUAUUAAAUAAAAGUACCUAAAACACCAAA